AUGCUCUCUCCUGCUGCUUUAUUAUUGAGCAUCGAGCGAACUUCAAAGCGGCAAGCGUUGCAAGCUCGAUUCAACGUCCAAGGUUCCUGUAACCUUCGUGCCAUCGAGAACGUCCUUUCACCAAACUGCUUUGAUCGAAGACUGGGCAAUCUCUCAGCCAAUAUGGCAACCAAGUACGCCUUCACACAAGGCCUCCGAGAGGUGCGCUUCCAUCUCUGCAGCUCUAGUCAGGCAAGUGAAGCAGCAAGGACUUUCCUGAAGCGAGCGUACCCUACGAUGAAGCACCACAACCCAAAUACUCCUAUAUUAAUACGCGAAGCCACCGGUGUAGACCCUAAGAUCUGGGCAAGAUAUGGAUUGGGAAAGGAGAAGUCGCAGUCAUUAGCAGGACUUUCGGACAAGGAAAUUGAGGAUACAGUGACCACCCUCGUCAAAAGCGAAUAG